GCGGCAACGUAGCAGAAGCGCGCAUCGCAUCCACUCCGCCAUUUGCACUCACAUCAUUCUUUCAAGUGUCGUCGUCCGUUCGCAAACGCCGGCUCUAGUCACGUGCUGCAGCAAAUCACAUUCUACAAACAUCCACCAGAAAUAAUGGCAGACGAAUACUUUUUCGCGUUGACUUUGGAGGGCGCCAAAGCCUCAGAGGUGUGGGACCCCGAAUCCAAGGGCACCGAAGAGUACCAGGGUGGACACAAACUGAUAAUUAAGCAAGCGCUGCUGGGACCGGAGGCCGUCGAUGGGGAACUGAACGUGAUCCAGGUGGAGGCAAUGACAUGGAAGGAGUCCAUCAAGAUUCCGGUUGCGACGUUGAAGGCGGGCGGCGCCAACAGCCAAGUGCUGCUGGAUCUGUCCUUCCCUGAUCCCCCUGUAACCUUCAGCCUGAUCCAGGGCAGCGGCCCCGUCCACAUCAUCGGUCAUCACCUGAUCGGUGGACCCGUCGAGGAGUUCGACGAGAUGGACGAGCUAGAGGAGGAGAUGCUUGACGAUGAGGAGGGCGAAGAAGGCGUUGCAAACAGAAAAAGGAAAUUGUCGGUGGUGGCUGAGGAUGAUGAUGAGGAGGAGGAUGAGGAGGAAGACGAGGGGCCAAAAAGCAAAAAAUCGAAAACGACCAACAACACGAAAGGCAAAGGAGCCGUGACCAAGAAUAACAAGGGCAAGAAAUAGGGAGCAGAGUUGUCUCUGAGACACACUGAAAAAAAAAAUCAAUCGA